CGACGACGAACAGGGGGGGGGGAUAGGAGUUUGGAUCUGUUGCUUAAGUUUGUUUCAAAUGUGUUCAAGAAGGUAUCGAAACGUGCUACAAAGGCCGUCCGAUCGGUUUUGGCCGUUCCUUUAUCCACUAAACUGGUGGAGUUUUCGGUGAAUGGAGUUUUAUUGCUGGCGUUUUUGUGGGUUCUGAAAGCUUUUCUCGAGGCAAUACUUGGUAUGUGGUUUUGCACCCUUGGAAGUGUGGUGCUUGCAAGCAUCUUACUUAUACGUGGGAUGUGGUCUGAGGUAAUCUCAGGAAGGAUGAACUCGAUGACCCCCGUGUAUGGACUGGCACGCAGCCUGCAGCUUGAUUUUUCAUUCUUAGAGCUGUAAAUGUACUUGUAUUUAUGACAUUCUUCAAGAAUAAAAGCAUCCUCGUAAUCGAACUUCCCAAAUCAAGGAUGAUGAAAAGAUUUCAUCUGAAGGUUUCACACGUCAAAAUUGCUGCAUUGGAAAUAAUCUGCUCAUGUGAGAAAGGGUUCCCCGCAUAAAGAUCCAGAUCAGUGAAUCCUUGUAGAAACUGGAGGAGAUCAAAUUGAACGUACGGGGGCAAUUUCCCCUUGUAUAUCUUCAAUAGAUAGACACUAGCCAUGUACUCAUUAAUAUGAAUGAUAAAAGAUUGUAGUUAUAGAGCUUUUAUCCUUCAACAAUUUAGGCGCAACCGUUGAGCUCGUUGGGUAUUUUAGGUGCUUCUUCAGGGUUGCGGUGUAACUUGUUUUAGGAUUUUUUUAAAAAAAUUUAUAUAUAUUUUAGAUUAUUUUGA